AUGGAGAUCGACCCUCGCAUCGGUGCGCUCUUCCGUUUCACCUGCGUGAAUGGUCUCUUACAAGCAUUUGUGUUCGAAGACUGGUCCCUGAUCUUGGUGGGAACUGCUACAUGGCACCUUCUGGUAUGGGCCUGGCUUGAGACAUCUACCCGGUCAGCAAGGGUAGCCGGUGUCACCUGGGUGCGUCUGGCCAUGAUGGUUCCGUUUCUCGGCUAUCCUUGCUAUUGGAUCAGCCGAAUGCCGCACACUUGGGAAAGUGACCUCUGGUCCGUCCAGACGGACUUGGUGAUGGCCCUUUGGCUGCUGCUCUAUGGUGCAGCGGAGAACACAGACAGCUUGAGUGAGACCCUUCACGAGAUGUUUGCUGGCUUUUACGCUGCCGCGGGCUUGUGGAAGUUUAAUUCCGACUUCUUGGAUCCAAAGGCAAGCUGUGCGAGCGUUUUCUUUUCCCAGCACGUUACGUACUUCUGCAGCAUGCUGCCCUGGGAGUCCCAGCUUGGACUCGCCGAGUCGGUGUUGCCUUUUGUGCCCCUGGGUGGCGUGGGAGUGGAGCUGGCUAUGGCCCUGACCUUGGCCUUGGGACGCCUGGACCGCCGCUUUGCACGCCUGGGGCUCCUGUUCAUCCUCUACUUCCACCUCUGGGUGUGCAUCACGCCCAGGCCCAACAACAUCUCCUUGUUUGCCGUGCAGUGCGCAUCGCGGCUGGUGAUUGUGGUGGAUCCUCUUCAGCUUGAAGCCACGGGGAGGAAGCUGCGAGGCCAUGUGAUAGCCUUGUCAGUCGUGGCGGCUCUUGCAGUUGCCUAUGGCGUCCAAGCAGCCUUUGAGCCUCUCAACUGGUCCUUUCUGGCCUACGGCUUCCUCUUCCUGUUCUUACACUGGGCCAUGGUCAUGGAGAAGGGGGAGAAGGGGGCAGCGGCGCAGGCGCCGGCGAAGAAGGUGUGUCGGCGCCCAAGGUGGAGCUUCUUGGCCACCUGCUUCGCGUGGACGUAUGCCUUUGGGGUGAUCAUGCUGGGGUUGAUGGAGGAGGCGUCUUGCAACAUGUUCGCGAACUUGAAGAUCCACGGGGGCUCCAACCACCUAGUGCUUCCCACGGGGCUGCUUUUCAAGUGGUUUCGUGAGGCGGGCGAUGCCCAUCCCUACGGCGGCGGGGUGGUUCGCAUGGAAACCACCGACUCGCACUGGCUGCAGUCCAUCUAUCCCUGCGACAUGACACACGUCCUGACACCCCACGCGGCUCCCGAGCUCUUGGAGCAGUUGGGCAUUCCAAGGCCUUCUUUCUUGAACUCGGGUGCCAACCGCAUCUUACGCCUCCGGGAGCGUGGGAUUAUCCCUCCGCCACCCCAUGACCUCCUCUUGCAGUACACGACCCCCGCCCUUGAGUGGAAGCGGCUGCUAAAGGAAGCGAUGGAGAAGGACCGCUCCUUUGCAGUGACCUAUGCCCAUCUUCCCGGCGUAGCAGGGGACGAAAUGUGGCGCGCCACGGCCUACGAGAGGCGGGUCCAGCUCAAGGCCCUCUGUGGGAGGAUGGCGCCCCGAAACCUUAGGCUUUAA